AUGUUGGACGCAGAAGAAAGCUCUGCCAAGAGUGGGAACUGCUCCUUUUAUGUAAGCCCAUCCUGGGGCGAAUUCCUGUCCUGCGGGGAGCCACGCAAGUGCUGUGCUGCACUAGGCGCCAGACCCCAGGGCCUCUGUGGUGCUCCUGAUGCCCCUCACCCACAGGUGAAGAUCCUGAGUGGGCGAGGGGAUGGCAGGGAUCACUCUAUCAAUGUUGUCCUUUAUAAGGAUGCUAAGCUUACCGUGACGCAGGUGACCUCUGCGAGCAGCACGUCCUGCAUCCUGCUCUUUCACUACCAGUUGAGCGAGCAGGCACACUGGUGCUGGGAAACGGUCCUCUCCUCAUGCAGUCUCUUCCUGGGCAUCUCAGAGGGGGCCCUCCCGGAGGGCAGUAAAGAAGGUCUCACUAGACUCCUGGAGUUUGCCGAAGACAAGCUGAAUGUUAACCAAGUGUUUGUGCGGUUUAAUAAGAACAGGGAGGACCGAAUGUGUCUAACCAAAACAUUCGACUACAUGGGCUUUGAGAUGGUGAAACCUGGCCAUCCACUAGUUCCCUCUCAGCCCGAUCUCCUCUACAUGGUGUAUCACCUGGAGCCAAGCCACUGUGGGGAAGAGUGAUGUGAACAGGUUACGUACACAGCUCUCCAAGUUGGACAUGCUCCUCGUGUCCUCUGAUGACCAGCACUUAGCUCUGUUGGAGCCAAGUUCCACUCAAAGGAGGUCUUUAGUGAUCUAACCUGUUGGACAGACAUUGCAGUAAGAAUUAAGUCAUCAUCCUAUUAGGUGUGUAUGUUGACCUGUACUUCUCUACUUCUUAGAAUACCUUGCCACGGCACUUCUAGUAACAGGGUCACUUGGUGCUAAAGAUAAUAUUCUACUCCUUUGCAGUCAAAAGCAUCUAUGAAAAUGUAUGUGUUAUAUCUCUAGUAGGUUGUGUGUGUACACUAUAUCACCAGUCCAUCAUGUGUAAACUGGUUCCAUGCCAAGGACAUACAACAGAUGGAAGUUUGGUGUUUGGUUGUCAGAUAGGAGAAUGGAAUGCAUACUUGCUUCAGAUCAAGGAUAUCAAGACAGUGAGUAUAUAUAUACAGGGGGGAAAAAAAAAUAAAAGUAGCACUUUAUUACAGAUAGUUUUAUUUUCAUCCAAAGCAUUCUACUUUUUUACUUUCACUGCCUCUUAAGUAUAAGUAAGCUCUUGUGCUUAAGCUAUGUGGUCAACAUUAUGUGGUCAACAUUAUGUACUGCCUGAGCAAUUGACCAAGAUAAUUGUGUUAGUGCAGCUUUACUUAGGGACCUGCAUGCACUUUCCUUUGCCUCAGUUAACUUAGAUGUGAAAUCAAUGAGUGAUCUAUGUUGAUAAUAAAUGUACAGUUUUCUUGUACAUGUAAGAAUGAUAAUAUCUAAAGUUAUACAGUUAUGUUCUAUUCCAGAUGUCUAAUAAAAUAAACAGUAAUCCUUUA